AUGUGUGCACAUGCCUAUGCAAGUGUCGGAUACGAUAGUCCGCUCCAGUCGAAGCGUUGUGAGAUCGUACGUAUGCACAGCAGCAAUAGCAGCAAUAGCAGCAGCCAGACCUGCAAAGCUCUCCGCAGCGGUGAGACGAAGAAGAAGAAGAAGACGAGGGCAUCGUGA